ACAUUUUAUUCAUUAACUUUUACAACCCAAGUCGACAUCGUUUCACCCUGUGCCAGAUGAUUUACAAUCCGCGCUUAUAACUUUGUGUUCAAAGCAUGAAAACAAGGAUUUUGAGGUACAGAAACAGAUGUAAUGUUUCUGAACGUAUCGAUUGUGUAUGAAAAUAGGUAAAAAAGCAAGAAUCGAGAUACAGCCACCUUUACAGUUCAUGUCAUCAAAAAUAUCAAUUGAAACAGCAGAAAGAUGACAGCUGAAAAUUAUAUGGCCAAUGAUGACCAAUAUCAUGGCAAGUGUGUGUCCUUAAACGUCAGUGAUUUUUCAAAUUCGUCUGAAAAGUCAGCUCCAAAGGUUGAAUUGAAGUUUCCUGAUGAAAAAUUGGAACAAGCAAAUGAAAAAAUAGUCAUAAAAGAACCCUUAUUAAAGUGCCGUUACUUAGUUACAUUAAUGGUAUUUUUGAUAAACUUCCAAAUAAAUUGUUAUCGAUUGAACACCAGCAUCAGUAUUGUUGCCAUGGUAAACAAUACCGCCAUCAGUACAAGUGAUGCUGCGAACAUUAGUUCUCUGUCCUGUCCUUCCAAUGUUCAAGAAGUGGAAAUGAACUCCAGACAUCAGGUCGAAGGAGAAUUUGACUGGAGUCCCCAAAUCCAAGGUUAUAUAUUAGGAUCAAGUUUUCUAGGCUAUGUAAUCACUCAAAUGCCAGGAGGAAUGAUGGCAGAAAAGAUAAGUGCAAAAAUAACGAUAAUCACGGGGGUGCUUAUUUCCUCUUUAUGCCAUUUAAUAUCACCCUUUGCAUCAUGGUCAAGCAGCAACUUUAUAAUUGCAGUUCAAUUCACCAGAGGAGUAGGUCAAGGUUUCAUUCCGGCAGCAUCUUGCGUCCUAGCUGCUAACUGGCUUCCAAUCAAGGAAAGGGGCUUACUGAAUACUGUCAUGAUGUCAGGUUUCUGUGCUGGGGCGUUACUAGGAGGUAUAGCCACUGGUGCUCUGUGUUCUUCCUCUCUGUUUGGCGGUUGGCCGUCUGUCUAUUAUAUUUUUGGUGCCUUAGGAAUUAUUUUUUCCAUAUUCCUUCACAUGUUUCUGUUCGAAUCUCCUAAAACGCAUCCUAGAAUAACAGAAUCAGAAUUAAAAUAUAUUUUACUUAAUCAAGAACUUAACUUAUCAGGAAAGCGUCCCCCUAUUCCUUGGCGAAAACUCUUCACUUCCGUUCCAUUUUAUGCUUUGACUAUUGCCAUGACAGGCCAGUUUUGGGCAUCAACACAUUUUGUUACUGUUCACCCUACUUUCCUGGGAACAAUUCUGCGUUAUCCCAUUCAGGAGAAUGGACUGUUUGCCUCCGUUCCAUUUGUUCUUCAGACUUUCCUAGCUCUGUUGGUCAGCUGGAUUUCUGGUUGGUUAAACAAGCAUAAGUAUGCUGGAGUGGACAAAGUUCGUAAAGGAUGCAAUUUUCUAUUUUGUGUGGGCUAUUCCCUUUGCUUGUUAGGCAUUUAUGCCGCAGGUUGCGACAAAUCAACAAGUGCUCCCUUCUCCAUUCUUGCUAUGGGCUCUGUUGGUCUCUCUUUUGCCGGUUGUAUGAUUGCCGCCAUUGAUAUGUCUCCAACAUUCGCAGGUACAAUAAUGGGAGUCAGCAGCAUCAUAUCAAGUUUAUCGGGAUUCAUUAUGCCUAUACUUGUCGGCGUCUUGACAAAUGACGAGCAAACUCUAGAACAAUGGAACAAAGUGUUCUUCAUUUCUAUUGGCGUUACCAUGACUUCAGGAAUAAUAUUUUCAUUAUUUGGUUCAGCUGAAGUACAGGAUUGGAACUUUCCAGUAUUAAAAGAAUUUGAAAAAGGCGAUGAAAAGAAUAACAAAGAGAAAAUGACAAGUGGGAACUCGUCAGAUUUUAAAAAAAGCACCACACAUUUGUAAUUAAGUAGCAUGAUCAUUUAUCGCUUCAUGUUCACUUUCAUAGAAAAGAAAUAAUAAGAUUACAUUAUAUGUAACCUUAUUUAAAUUGUUAUCAUAAUUUGUGAAUUUUAUUAUUUCUUGAAAUUGCCAUUUGUUUAUUUUAUUAUUUAUAUUUCAUCAAUUUAUUCAUGUUUUAAAAAAAUUCCUCACAAAAUUGUUUCCUUUUGACCGCAUUUAUUAAAAGGCAUUAUAAAACAUUAAGCAUAAACAUGAUAUAUAUUCAAAAUUAAUCACUCAUAAAUUAAUUAUGCUUUAAAGAGUAGUUUAUAGUUUCGAUUAUCAAAAAAUCCAUAUUACAGUUUGUUUAAAUUUUUGAU